CAAGAGGAGAAGAUAUAAAAACCGCGUGCGAGCAUCGUGAGAGAGAGACCGUGACUAGAUCGAACCAAGUAUUAAGUAAUUAACGGAGAGUGCGUACGUUUCGGUAGCGGUCGAUACACUUUGUAUGUAUAUCAUUAUUGGUUACGAUAUUGAAGUUGAGACGAGAGACGUUCUCUUAUAUCGUAUAUCAACGUGCGAGUAAACCCUGCGAGGUUAGAUAAAUCGGACCUUUGUAUAAAAGGAAGUGAAUUCUCAAAGGUAUUAUAAUUAGUAAAGCAUUGUAUUGUAUUUCUGAAUUACGCGAGCGGUUUGUGUUGUGAAAAAUGUUGGCUAAAGGAAAGUGAGUAAAGAGACAAGAAGUCAUCGGCAUGGAGGAAUUCCUUCCAAAGUCAUUGUAUUAAACCAACCGUUAUUAUAAAGAGAUUUUUCAAAGUUAUUACCUAAACACAUCUCUACCAAGGUCAUCGAUCCAAUUAAGUAGCAUCCCUCAGUACCUGAUUUUCUAUAGUACAUAAUACAAUUUUUGACAAUACAAAAAGUUAGAAUGAGAUAAGCAUAUUUUAUUUCACUCUAACUUAUUGCACUAGUUGUGUAAUGUAGCGAAAAAGAACAGACUCACGAACACACCGGUGUGUAUGAGUGCACCCAACGCGCUUAGCCAAAUAUUGAAGUGAAGCGAAGUGAGUGCAUCCAAUAGCAAGACCGUGGAGCGUGAAGCAGAAAAUAUAUCAAUUUACGUGUUGCGCAUCCCGGGCUUAGCAUCACACGAGUAUGCGAGUAUUUUAUUUUGGUUUUUAUGAAACUGUACAUAGUCAUUUCUACAUAUCUGUGAGUGAAUCUGAUAAAACAUUUAGUUUAAGUAUCUGGAGCAGUAGUAGUAACUCAGAUAAUUAUAGCAAUGCAAGUGCCGACUCAUCUCGUUCAGAUGGAAACUUUAAUAUUUAUGAAAGAGAGAAUAGUGAUGUCCUUUCAUAUUUAGGCAGUGACGAUUUAAGUACACAAGAUAGACUAUUUGAUCAGGAAGAUGAAUAUGCCAUUGUCAAUGAAAAUGGCAACUUCAAUUUAAACCAGCAUCAGCAAAUUUGUUAUAGAGAAAAUGAACCCCAUAAUGGAUUAAAUCAGUGUAUGGAAAGGCAACCACUAUAUUUUGGAGCUCGAUUAUCUUUAGAUGAAAGUUUAUUAAUCACGAUGGUUUUCAUUAUUCGGUGGGGAUUAGAAGAGAAAUCAAUUGAGCAUCUUUUACGUCUCAGUCCUCCAGAGAAACAUCAGAAUUUGAUGAAGAAGAAAAACCGAAUAUAAAACGCAAAAGUAAAAAGAGAAAGAGCAAAGUUUCAAAGAAAAAGUAUAUGAAACGCGUAAGUACUUUCGAUUACAAUCAAGUGUGUCCCAGGGUUUAUAAAUUUUACCAUUCUUUUUUGUUCUAAAGCCGAUAUUCAUAGUUGUAUCCUACAUUUAAGACUUUCUUAGGUUUACUUUUACAUACUUCGUAAGCACUAAAAUACAGUCCAUGCGGCAUCUGAAGAUGAACUUAAGGGGUUAUACUACCCAGCAAAUUUUUUUUUUUCAAUUUUUUUUUUUAUUGGCUUAAAUGAUGCAUAAACUAUCCAAGAAUGAUAUGCAAACACUAUUUUGUCGGGAAAAAUUCAAUAAACUAUUUUUAACAAGAUAACUUCGAGCGCUCCUAAACGUUUAAAAAGGCCGCUCACCUGCGCGCGGCAUUUUAAACGUAUUAUAGCUUGUUGAUAAUUUUUGUCGGUACAAAUCAAUUUAAUUUCUUCAAAAUAUAUAUAGAUGGCGUUAAUAAAUCUCAGAGAAGCCAUAUUGGACGCUACAAUAACCGUUAGACUGCGAAUAAACACGCAGUAAACAGUUCCACGUGCUACUCCGAGUUGCGCGCUCAUAAACGUUACGGUAGUGUUUAUUUUGUUGUUUUCUAUAAAAAUGAGUGAGAAAGUGUAUAAAAAAGGGACGAGAGGGUCCUCUACUCGUGCCAGUCGGAGCAGAAUCGCCAAUAGGAAGCCGCCCAACCGUCACAGCUUCGAAGGCGACACUGAAGAUGUUUGUAGGCUAGCAAAAAAAAUGAAAUCUUCGACAGCAGAAAAUGAUACUGAAGUGGAUGCUGCAUUUGGCUAUCGAAUCAUCAAUUUUCUUGCUGUUUUUAGCACGUUGUCGCAAAUUCUAGCAUGUAAAAAAUGCGGAGGUAGUGUGAAUUUUUUGGAGUCGUGUAAACGUGGCCUUGGAUUCAAGCUUGUUAUUGUGUGUGAAAAGUGCGGGAAUACAACUAUUGACAGUAGCCCCUUAAUUAAUGGUCGUGCUUACGAUGUAAAUAGACGGCUCACUUUGGCUAUGAGACUUAUUGGUAUCGGAAUUCAAGGAAUAAGUAAAUUUUGCGCCUUUAUGUGCCUCCCAAAACCGGUCUUUCAAAAGUCGUAUGAUGAAAUCGUGCAAAGUAUAGCUGUAGCAACGGACGCUGUAAAAUCAAAAGUGUUACGGAAAGCUGCCGAGGAGGAAAAGAAAAUUUCUGUUGAAAAAGGUCAGCUUGAGGGACUAACAGUGUCGAGAGACGACUCGUGGAGAAAGCGCGGCUUCUCUUCUCUCUAUGGCUUCACAAGUUUGAUUGGUUGGUUUUCAGGAAAAGUUAUAGAUAUUUGUGUGAAAUCAAAGUACUGCAAAGAGUGUGAAUAUUGGCAGACAAAAGAGGGCACCGCCGAGUGUGAUGAAUGGCACGAGUUACACGAACCAUACUGUAAUGCAAAUCAUAGCGGAAGUGCAGGGAAAAUGGAGCCUGACGCAGUCGUGCAAAUGUUUUCGCGUUCCGAGUCCACAUAUAACGUUCGAUACGCCUAUUACGUCGGAGAUGGUGACAGCAAAACAUUCAAAAGUAUUCAAGAUGCCAAGCCGUAUGGUAAUUUUGCUGUUACCAAGAAAGAAUGUAUUGGACAUGUACAAAAAAGGCUUGGAACGAGACUGCGUAAUUUAAAAAAAGAAGUUAAAAAUCUUGGAGGUCGAGGCAAGUUGACUGGUAAAUUGAUCGAUGAAUUAAGUGUGUAUUAUGGUCUCGCUAUACGUCGAAAUACAGAUUCAGUGGAGAAUAUGCGCAACGAGAUCUAUGCUACAUUAUACCAUAAAAUAUCUUCAGAUGAAAAGCCUCAACACGACAAGUGUCCAGUAGGAAAAGAUUCUUGGUGUUCUUGGCAAAGAGCGAAAGCCUCGCAUACGGGUGUAUAUCAGUUGGACACGGGGCAAUUGGACACAGUCCAAUCACAAGUCGCUGUUCCAAGGGACCCUACAAAUGUCUCUAAUCACACGGUGCUGUAAUUGGCUGUGUCCAAAUGCACCGUGUCCAAGUGCACCGCUCCCUCGCAUACUCUCGAUAUAUAUACUCAUAAACCGGCCAUGCCAAUGCAAGUUUUCGAUGCCGUUCAAAAAAUUUAUGAAGAUUUGACAAGAGACGAUCUUCUUUCCCGUUGCUUAGGAGGUUUCACUCAAAAUGCUAAUGAAAGCCUCAAUGCCGUCGUUUGGACUAUUGCGCCAAAAGCAAUUUCCAGCGGUAAAGCAGUGGUUGAUAUCGCCACUGACAUUGCUGCCAUAACAUACAACGAUGGUUUUCGAGGACUUUUAGAUGUCAUGAGCACACUUCAGCUGAGGAUCAGUUCUGAAUUAUACAAUUUUAUCAUGGAAACUGAUGAACGUCGAGUAAAAGCCACAAACCGCUCAGCAUCAAAACAUCGAAAAAGCGCUCGGAAGGACUUUACAUCGCUCAGAAAAGAAGCAGAAGAACAAAAUGAAUACUUGGAAGGACAGUUAUAUGGUGCUGGGAUAGCAGAGUAAAGGUAAAAAAAUUGCCAAGCCGAUAUUUUAAAUAUUUCAUAUAGUAAAUACGUUUUGAAACUUUAAAUGCGUUUUUAUCAAAACUACAUUUUUCAAAACUGCGUACACUGUAACUCGCUCAAUUUUUGUCGGAUUCACUUGAAAUUUUAACUGUAACUUCUUAGAUAAAUUAUCUAGGGAAGUACACACUCUUUUUAAGAUUGAUAAAUAAUUAAAAUUGUUAUUAACAAUUUAAAGUCGAUUUUUAGCGAAAAAAUGGAAAAAAAAGUUCAAACUGACGCCAAUUUGCGAAUUUUCGAUAAAAAUGUAUAAUCGUGGGUACUUCCCUAGCAAAACUAACUAACUAGAUUAACGACAAAUUUUUUUUUUGCUCUAGGUGCUGUUCGGAGAAUGUUAUGAUGUACGCAGAUUCGCUUCUCGGAAAAAACACAUGUUCCGUUUACCACUUGCCAAGACGCCAUUUUGUAUCAAAAGUUAUAAUAAAAAAUUUUUUUAUAUACCUCAAAACAUGUAUAAUAAAGCCUCAAAAUUUCAUUUUGAUCCAUUGAAUAGUUUCCAAGAAAAAAAUUCUCAAAAAAACGUUCAUUUUUCAGUGCGCCUGGGUAGUAUAAUUGUAAUGCAAAUUCAUUAAUAUACAAGUAUUUUAGAGGUCACAGAUGUGUUAUUUAAUUCUCGUGUAUAGAUUAUAUCCUGGUGAAAACAUUUGUCAUAAAUUUUUUUACCAGGGUAUAAGUGAGUGUUUCCUUACAUUAUUGAAACAAUUUUGAAAAAAAGCUAAAUAAUGUAUAGAACGAAUUAUAUAAAAUGUAGCAAAUGAUAACAUAAGGAAGAAUUCAUCGUAAGAAUACCCCAUAGAAACGUCCGUGGAAUCGAGGUGGAAGUAAAAUGGAAUCGACUUAUUUACGUGGAUUCCACGUGGAUUGCGCAUGGAUGUUCCCAUAGGAUAUAUACUACAUUUUAUAAUACUAAAUUUACAAUACUCACAUUUGGUACCGAAGUGGGAAUUGUUUUUGCAAUAGAUUUUGGAUUGUCUUUAAGGCAUUCCUUAAGCUUUUCCUGUAUUUUUUUUUACAUGACGUGGCAAAGAAGUAAAUUCUACAAAUAAGAAUAAGCAACAUAAAUUUGCUUCUGUUAAUAAUAUAAGGCAAAGCGGUUGUACAGUGCAACAUUUCGAAGGCAAAAAAGAACUAUAACGCCCAUUACCUGCAAUUAUAGAUUUCAUUGCUUUGUAUGUCUCUAUUUCAGCCGUUAGAGAUUUAAUUUUUUUCUUCAACUGCAUAUUUUUGAAAUGAAGAUCUUCAUUCUCUGAAGAAGUACUACCACUUUACUUCCACCUCGAUUCCACGGACGUUUCUAUGGGGUAUUCUUACGAUGAAUUCUUCCUUAUGUUAUCAUUUGCUACAUUUUAUAUAAUUCGUUCUAUACAUUAUUUAGCUUUUUUUCAAAAUUGUUUCAAUAAUGUAAGGAAACACUCACUUAUACCCUGGUAAAAAAAUUUACGACAAAUGUUUUCACCAGGAUAUAAUCUAUACACGAGAAUUAAUUAACACAUGUGUGACCUCUAAAAUACUUGUAUAUUAAUGAAUUUGCAUUACAAUUUUGUUAACAGAUAAGUUUUACUAACCCUAGUUCUAGGUGGAAUGAUCCUGCUUCUAGAUGAGAUGACGAUAACUUUGCGAAUAGAUUAACACCUGUGCCUAGUACAUCCACUGUAGAUCUUGAUAUCGAUGUCUCCAGUGCACCAAAGGUAAAUAUCAUAAAGUUUUAAAUUUCUCUUUCGAAACUGCUCAAUAAUAUUUGUUGAUUUGCUACUUUUAUGUACUUGCUGUUUCUUUAAGUUGUUUGUAUCACAUAAAUGUUAUAUAUCCAAUAAAGUUUCUUCAUGAACGCCGUAAAAUACAAACAUUUCAUAUAUUUCAUGGAAUACGCUUUAAGAGCUCUGAUUAUUUUUAUAUUUAUUUUACAUGAACAUUAUAAAUUAAAAAAACAGCAGGAACAUUUGAAAGACAUCUCUAACAUUUCAAUAGCUAAGUGUUAUACAGAUUUACCUGCCAAUGACAACACAUCUCCCUCCACAGGAGAGGUAAUGUGGUAUAUUUGUUAUUUCAAUUAUUGAUAGAAUUUAUUUCUUGUUUAAUUGUCAGUUGAUAUCUAUUUUUCACAGAUAGUACGUUUUGGAUCUAGAAGUGUCCCAAAAUCAAUGAUAGAUAAACUGAGACAUGGAAAAAUAGGCUUAUUAACCAACAGCCUGACAGAAGCUGUUUUUACACCUGAAGAAAUGACACUAAGCAUUGUCAGAGGUAGUAAAACAAAUGCC